GCGCCGGCUUCCCGUGCGUGAGAACACCAUUUUCACUUUUCUUCUAAGAAACAUGUCUAGCUAGCAGAUAUGUAUGACUUCCACACACACCCACUCACGAUCACAGAGCAUCCAUUCAUUUCUUUUUAGACAAAAAAUUAAUAAUCUUUUUCUGCAACUUUCCAAAAACUUUUUCCUGUUCUUCACCUCUUCUUCAAGAUCAUCAACCUUUUCAAGACUUCACAACAUUAAUCCCCUCAAACUCUUCAUUAACAUCUCCAACACUCAAAUCUAGACCACACCCACAUGAGUUGAGUUAAGGAUCAAUGGGUGUUAAGAGAUCUGCUAUUUACUUGUUGGUGUUGUUUGGGUUUAUAUUGAUCUUUUUUGCUUCAGUUUCUGUUGCUACUAAUCCUGCAGAUGUUAGUGCAAUUAAUAAUUUGUAUGCUGCACUGGGAUAUCCUCCUCUUCCGGGAUGGACGGCUAGCGCGGGUGAUCCGUGUGCCGAGGCGUGGCAAGGCGUUGUGUGUGAUGCUACUAUGACAAACAUUAUACAAAUAACUGUCAUUGGUGCUAAUUUGGGAGGUGAAUUAGGUGAUACUCUUGGAUCAUUUUCUUCUCUCCAAAGCAUAGAUUUGAGCAAUAAUGCCAUUGGGGGUAGCAUUCCAACAUCUUUUCCUGUUACAAUCACAAAUAUUUUUCUUGCAGAUAAUAACUUUACUGGAAGCUUGCCAGACACUUUAUCAUCUUUAACACAAUUAUCUGCAUUGUCUCUAAAUGAUAACAACUUGUCUGGCGAAAUACCCGAUUCGUUUGAAGGCCUAACUGCUUUGGUCAAUUUAGAUUUAUCCAGUAACAGUUUGAGUGGAGAAUUACCUUCCUCCUUAGGAAGUUUGUCUUCUUUAACUACCUUUCAUUUGCAGAACAAUCAGCUUUCAGGAACUCUUGAUGUUCUACAAGAUCUUCCAUUGCGUGAUCUAAAUAUAGAAAAUAACCUCUUCAAUGGACCCAUACCCGACAAACUACUAUCCAUUCCUGACUUCAAGAAAGACGGGAAUCCAUUCAAUACCACCACUACCAGUGCUCCCCCGCUAUCCCCAUACCCAAACACACCCCCAACUUCUGGAACACCUUUCUUUCCAUCACCUAAACAAACACCCGGUAAACAACCACCGGGUAAACAAGGACCACCACAAGCCAGUGGUCCCUCAUCCACACAGGAUCACACCUCCACCACCACCACAAAAUCUUGGUCUGCUAAAAAGAUUGUUUGGGUAUCCAUUGCAUCCGUGUUUGGGCUUAUAGUUCUUGUGUUAGCGUGUUUACUAUUUUCGCCAAGACGAUACCGAAGAAAACGGAUCCCAGGUUUGAUACCCAAGCGGCAUGAGAUAGCUCCGGACACGGGUAACAGAGUAAACCAUAUAGACAAUGCACCUUCUACUCAACCAACCAAUCAAGUUGAUAAAGUUCCAAAGGUGCCGCCAAAGGAGGAGAAACAACGAUUGCUUUCAGCGCCACCACCACCACCACCGCAACCAAGACCGCCGCCAGGUCCGCGUGUAAAUCCACAAACUGAUAAGGAGACGAAUGUACAAAGACUGGCUGCCAUAUCAAAGCAGGACAGUAUGGAGAUAGACAUGAGCCGAUUCGAUAUAGAUUCAUUGCGGCCACCGCCACCGCCGCCACCACCUCCACCGCCACCGCCAGUUGCUAUACCAAAACAAAUUAACCUGCCUUAUGAAAAAGUUAUUGUGGAGCCCAUUGUGCCUGUUGAAGCAGCAGGACCUUCUACAAAACCUGUUUUGCCUCGUACACACGUCAGAUCUUAUACGAUUGCGUCUCUUCAACAGUAUACGAACAGUUUUUCUCAAGAUCAUCUUAUUGGUAAUGGAAUGCUGGGGAGUGUUUACAGGGCACAGCUUCCAGAUGGAAAGUUGCUUGCUGUGAAGAAAUUGGACAAAAGGGUAAUUAGUCAACUAAAGGAGGAAGAGUUCAUUGAGCUUGUUAAUAAUCUCGAUAAAAUUCGACACGCGAAUGUUGUUGAGCUCAUGGGCUACUGUUCCGAGCACAGUCAAAGAUUACUAAUUUUCGAGUAUUGCAGUAGUGGGACCCUUCAGGAUGCACUACACGCGGACGAUGAUUAUAAAAAGAAAUUUUCAUGGAAUGCACGCAUACGAAUGGCACUUGGAGCCGCAAGAGCCUUAGAAUAUCUACAUGAGUUCUGCGACCCACCGAUAAUUCACAGAAACUUCAAAUCUGCAAAUGUUCUUCUCGACGAUGAUCUUUCUGUGCGUGUAUCUGAUUGCGGUUUGGCUCCGUUAAUAACCCGUGGCUCAGUGAGUCAGUUGUCAGGACACCUUCUAUCAACCUUCGGUUAUGGAGCCCCUGAAUUCGAGUCAGGAAUCUAUACCUCUAUGAGUGAUGUGUACAGUUUUGGAGUAGUGAUGCUAGAAUUGUUAACGGGCCGGAUGUCUUACGACAGUACAAGGCACCGUGGGGAGCAGCUACUUGUGCGGUGGGCCGUACCUCAACUUCAUGAUAUCGAUGCAUUGUCAAGGAUGGUUGAUCCGUCUCUCAAUGGAGAAUACCCCGUCAAAUCGUUAUCAAAUUUUGCAGAUAUUAUAUUGCGUUGUGUUCAGGGGGAACCAGAGUUUAGGCCACCGAUGUCAGAAGUGGUGCAGGAUUUGAUUCAAAUGAUAAGGAGAGAGGCUUCUGUUAGAUCAGAUAGGGGUUGAUUCAUUGAUUGAUAAUGAUGCUAGGAAUAGUUUUCUGGUGAAGAGUCGAUGAUCAUCGUCAAAAGUCAAAGUCAAAUGUGCCAAGAUUUUGUUGAAAUCUUGUGGAAAUAAAAGUGAAAUCUUGAAUGCACAUGACUGUUUACUGUUGUACGUAGGUAUGGUCCUACCAAUUCUUAAGGUUAAAAUGGUAAAUUCCUAACUCCCAUUAUUUAUGUAAUUGUUGGUUCUUCAUAUGAUGACAAUGUAUUGCUUUUGAUUAUUCUAAUAAAAUUUUUGUUGGAUUUUCCUUUUUA